AUGCCGCUCAGACCAUACACCUCAAGAAACGUCUUUAACCACAAAAGGGCAGUUCCCCGUAUGGGCUGGGCUCCCGAGAACCUGUUCAACCUUUGGCAACGAACCUCUCCCGACUCUCCUUUGAAGCGCGAACAUGACUUUACCCGUACAAACGCCACCCCUUACCAACUCCGUUUCACCGCCAAGCGCCUGAUCAGAGGAUACCACGGUGACCACAUCGGUUUCACAAAGUUCUCUAGAUGGUAUAUGCCCGAAAAGCUCCCGGCUAUCCACCAGGCUGAGAAGAAGAGCGCUGCCUCGGCGGAGAUGGGCAAAUGGAUUGAAGGUAGAGAAAGGGCUGGAGGAAGAACAUCGGACGAGAAGAGGGUCAAGAAGAAGGCGGAGGACAGUAGGGCGCCGAUUGGAACACUGUUGUUUGCAGAUGUGGAGAGGAGAUUGGACGUCGCCAUCUUCAGGGCUUGCUUUGCCCAGAAUGUCUGGGAAGGGAGGAGAUAUGUCGUGCAAGGGCAUGUCAAGCUGAAUGGUCAGGUGAUCCGGAACCCCAAUGUGAUGCUCAAUCCCGGAGAUGUCUUCACCGUGGAUCCCUCUGCCAUCGUCAUGCUCCAACCACCAAAACAAAAAUCAGCGCCGGCCGAGGAAGUUGAGUCGGAAGAGGCUGUCGAGGGUGAAGAGGUUCCCGAAACUCCCUCACCGCAGACAGCCUCUGCCCCCGCUCCAUCCUCUACCUACUUUAGACUCCCCGAAUUCGCCCAACCCCAUAUCUUUGUCCCCGCAUACCUUCUCCCCUCUUACCUCACCUGCUCAGCAGUCUACGUCCGUCAUCCUACAGCGCGGGCGAACUACUCUGAAAUACCAUCGCCAUAUGAUGCGGGCGGAGAAUUGAUGAGUUUGGGCUGGGAGUACUUCAAGAGGGCGGCGCCUAGAAUGAGAAACAAGACGAAUAAGUGGGUGAACCCUUGGGGUGGGUUUGGGAAGCAGUAG